UGAUAGACCAACGCCUAUAAAAGCACAGAAGCGCUCUGCCAAAAUAGAUUCGAUUCAAAACAUUUCUUCAAGAUGCGCUGCCUGCUCCUCAUCUCGCUGGCUACCUUGUGCCUGGCCAGUGCUAGUCCGGUCCAACCGCAAAACAGGAUCAUUGCCGAGUUCUUCGGAUAUUUCGAUACUCUUCGAGGCAUCCAGUUCGGGAAUAUGCUGACCAUCACCAUUAACUUUGUGGGACAGAUCGUUGAAAGUGUGCCGGAAGCAGAACGUGGACCCGCAUCAGCAGCCCUCCAGGCGUACGUGAACCGUGGAAGGGAGCUUCGUCAGCGAGGCUCUGUCCAGGAAAAGUUUGACCAUGUCAAGGGUUUGCAGGAAGUCUUUGAAAAUGUACAGGGCCAGUUAGUUCCGUCCUCACUUGAAGCUAAUGUGAUUGGAAUGAGCAUGCUGGGUCUACUUGGAGUAGCCAGUGAGUUUGCCACCGAGGACGAGAAGGUCCACGCCAAGUUCGUCGAUGGCGCUACCAAGAUGAAGGCCAAGCUGACUCCAGAAACCAUAGCUCGAGAAAGGGAGCUCUUUGGAGUUAUAGAUGAGUUAAUCAAUUCUAACAAGUUUUAUGAACAUGAGCCCCUAAUCGAACGGUUCCUGAGUUUUAAAAAUAGAUACUAAACCUUGGCCUUCAAUUAAUUAAAAAUUUUUGCCUUCAAAGCUUGAUUAAAAUGGAAAUAGAAGAGGUCUCUGAACUCGCUUGUUAACCCAAUGCCCCAAAAUUGUUAUCAGUGGU